CCUUCUCCAUAGUAGGAUUCCUAAGUUCUCUAGCGGGAGUGGAUAUACUGCAGUCGGUGUGUUUGGUGAGGUCGGUUUGUCUCGCAAUAAUGUCUUCAAGAAAAUUCUUCGUCGGGGGAAACUGGAAAAUGAACGGCGAUAAGGAGAGUUUGGGCGAGGUCAUAAUGACCUUGAACACGGCCAGUCUCAACGAUGAAACAGAGGUGGUGUGUGGAGCACCAUCCAUUUAUCUUGAUUAUGUGAGGUCUAAGCUGGACCAGAGGAUCGGAGUGGCCGCCCAGAACUGCUAUAAGGUACCCAAAGGAGCCUUCACCGGGGAGAUCAGCCCAGCGAUGAUUAAAGACUGCAGUGUGGACUGGGUCAUUCUGGGCCAUUCUGAGAGGCGUCACGUGUUUGGCGAGAGCGAUGAGCUGAUUGGCCAGAAAGUGGCCCAUUGCCUAGAGAACGAUUUGGGUGUGAUUGCCUGCAUUGGGGAGAAACUAGAGGAGAGAGAAGCUGGAACCACUGAGGAUGUGGUGUUUGAACAGACUAAAGUCAUUGCAGACAAUGUGAAGGACUGGACUCAUGUGGUUAUAGCAUAUGAGCCAGUGUGGGCCAUUGGCACUGGCAAAACCGCCACUCCUGAUCAGGCUCAGGAGGUGCAUGAGAAGCUGCGAGGAUGGCUGAGAGCGAAUGUGUCGGAUGCAGUAGCUGACUCUGUGCGCAUCAUCUACGGAGGCUCUGUUACUGGGGGAAACUGCAAAGAACUUGCGGCCCAGCCUGACAUUGAUGGCUUCCUGGUUGGAGGUGCCUCCCUUAAGCCAGAGUUUGUUGACAUCAUAAAUGCCCGCGCAUAGAGAUGCUCAGCCAUUUUGACAGUCCAAAACUGCUGCACUGCCCAAUCAGUGUAUACCAGCUUCUUGUUGUCAUUCCAGCAGGUCUGAAAGUGUAUUUGUGGUUGUACUGCUUUUGCUCACCUGCUUGUUAAACGGUCGGGUUGGGUUAUUGGACUGGAAUAUUAAUAUCAACUCACUUCCUACUUAAAGUAAUAGAAGAGAGCUUGGGCGUGUUAGUUUGUUAUUUGCUGCUGCACUCGUGUUGUCUAUGCACUUCCAGAGCACACUGCUUGAAAUCUAACAUACUGUACUCUCCACAUUGAAUGCUUAACUGAGUUUGUAGUGACUUAAUGAGCUCUUUAUCCUCUGUAGAAAUGACUACCUCUGUAGAAAAUUAAAAACAUAUUUGUCCUGUC